CUCCGCUUCCCCUCCUUUUAAUCGGGAGACGCCGCGGAGAAGACAAGGGUUUGGUGAGGCCGCGAGGUUAGAAACCCCACCUCCUCCGCCCGCCGCCGCCGCCGCCGUCUCCCGCAUUCCGCCGCGUCGAUCGCUGCGGUUCGGCCGCGCUGCCCUCCUCGGCCAGAUCCCUUUUGUUCUCCCGCGCGCGCAUUGCAUCUCGUCUCGCGUUGUUUUUGAUCUGAUUCGUGGUGUGGUGUGGUAGGGUUGGGAAGGGGGUAGGGCAUGGAGUCGUCGGCGCCGUCCAAGGGCCCGCGCUACGCGCCGCCGGAUCCGACGCUGCCCAAGCCGUGGAGGGCGCUCAUCGACGGCAACACCGGCUACCUCUACUUCUGGAAUACGGAGACCAAGGUCGUCCAGUACGAGCGCCCAGCCGCGGCCGCGCCCCCCUCCUCGUCCUCCUUCGCGCAGCCUCCCAACCCCUACCCCGUGGAGAGGGCGAGGACCAGCGGACCUUCCGAGUCGCGCUCGGAAGCUGGGGUGAGCUACUCGCGCAAUGCACCUCCCGCUGAUGACAGGGCCCUGAAUGAUCAGUCGCAGGCACGCUCUGCAGCUGGAGUGAACCUUGUGCAAAAUGCACCGCCCACUUAUCAAGUUUCACAGGCAGCCAAUGGAAACCUCAUCUCACCAGAAGCAUAUCGUACCAAGCAUGAGAUUACUAUUGUCGGAAAUGAGGCUCCAGCGCCGUUCAUGACAUUUCAGUCUACAGGCUUCCCUUCAGAGAUUCUAAGGGAGGUUCAGCAAGCAGGAUUCUCUGCACCAACUCCUAUCCAAGCUCAGUCAUGGCCGAUUGCUAUUAAGGGUCGUGAUAUUGUAGCUGUGGCAAAGACAGGUUCUGGAAAAACACUGGGUUAUCUCCUUCCAGGGUUUCUUCUUCUGAAGCGCCUACAGCAUAAUUCAAGGGAAGGCCCUACAGUAUUAGUUUUGUCUCCAACAAGGGAAUUGGCAACACAAAUUCAAGAUGAGGCAAUCAAAUUUGGCAGAUCUUCAAGAAUAUCAUCUGUUUGCUUGUAUGGAGGUGCUCCAAAAGGCCCUCAGCUAAGAGAUUUAGAACGUGGUGCUGAUGUUGUUGUUGCAACUCCUGGAAGAUUGAAUGACAUUUUAGAAAUGAAUAGAGUGAGCCUGCGUCAAGUAUCAUAUCUUGUUCUUGAUGAAGCUGACCGUAUGCUUGAUAUGGGAUUUGAGCCACAAAUAAGAAAAAUUGUGAAACAAGUACCACAUAGACGGCAAACUCUUAUGUUCACUGCCACUUGGCCAAAAGAGGUUAGAAAAAUAGCCUCAGAUUUACUGUCAAACCCUGUUCAAGUAAACAUUGGGAACACUGAUCAGCUGGUUGCAAAUAAGUCUAUCACUCAGUAUGUGGAAGUUAUCCCACAUUCAGAGAAAUCAAGACGACUUGAUCAAAUCUUGCGUUCACAAGAGCAUGGGUCCAAAAUCAUUAUAUUUUGCUCCACAAAGAGGAUGUGUGAUCAGCUGGCACGGAAUCUAUCACGGCAGUACGGGACUGCUGCUAUUCAUGGUGAUAAAUCGCAGUCUGAGAGGGAUUCCGUGUUGAGUGAAUUUCGAAGCGGCAGGUGCCCAGUUCUUGUAGCCACUGAUGUUGCUGCUCGAGGCUUAGACAUAAAGGAUAUCAGAAUCGUGGUUAACUAUGAUUUUCCUUCGGGCGUGGAGGACUAUGUCCAUAGAAUUGGGAGAACAGGUAGGGCUGGUGCAACAGGCUCUGCCUAUACAUUCUUCGGUGACCAGGAUUCAAAGUAUGCUUCAGAUCUUGUAAAGAUUUUGGAGGGUGCAAACCAGUCUGUUCCGCCACAAUUAAAAGAUAUGGCUCUUCGUGGAGGGUAUGGUGGAAGGUCACGUCGCUGGGCAUCUUCUGAUGACUCUUAUGGUGGUCAGGGAUAUGUUUCGGGUUAUUCUAAAAGAUCAACUGAUAGCAGUCAGCCUGGGGGUGGUUCAAGCUUUCACUCGAGCUCCCAUAACAGCACCAGUGGCAAUCUGUUUGGUGAUACUCCGAGGUUUCAUUCCAGCUUUGGUAACAGCAGCCACAACAAUCAGACUGGUGACAAUCUGAGCUUUCCUCCCAGCUCCAGCAACAAUCAAUCCGGUGACAAUCUCAGCUUUCAUGAAAGGUUCUAUGGAUCAGGUGGUGGUAGGAAUCAAAGCAGCACAAACAAUGACGGUUUCCGUGCUAGGAGCAGGAGUCCUCCAAGCAAGGCUCUGGGAGUUUCCAACUGGUGAUUGCAUCUGCUAGGUGCAACCCAGUUUCAUGAUGGUGACAAAACAAAAUAGAUGAAGCUGGUUUCUAACCAAUUUAUAUUAUCUUUUAUGCCUGCCCAAAUCAAAGGAUGUCCUGGAACUUCACUAACCUAGGAUAUGAGUGUCGGUCUUCUGGUAUGCUUGCUGACUUGACGCCUGGGAGGCGUCUGAUACUUUAUGCCGGUGUUAGUCGUUUGUAAAACUGUGAAGCUUGACUUCCUUGCAAGCAUACCUUCUAGUGUUAUAAGGAAACGAACCGCUUGAGGCAUGCAUUUUGGACGAAACCAUGGACAAAUUAUCCACCUUUUUUAAUCUUAUGUAGAACCUAUGUCGACGAUUGUUGUAAAUGCUCUCGGCAUGGUUUCUAUAUCGAA